CUCUCAUUAAGGGACGAUCUAUGAUUUGACAGCCUCUCCGCUGUGCCUGCUGCUGCUUCUGUUUCUGCGGCUGUAUGGUCUGUCAUGAGUUGAAAAGGGAUGUGAGGGUUCAGAGAAACUGCCGCUGUGAAGACAGAGCCUCUACGAAGUGAUCUGCCUGCCAGACAGACUAUACAAGGUUUUUCUGCAGGAUUGGAAACUUGGACCUAUUACCACUUCAUUUACCCAGAGAGGCAGGCAGCGCGACAGAGUGAAAAGGGGAAAAUACUACUGCAAGAAGGGUGAAGGCAGGAGAGAUGUUUUAAAGAGUGUCUCUGUCAGAGAAACUUCCAGCCACUGAAGAUGGAGAAUGAAACACUGAGUGAACUGAACCAAACCGAGCUUCAGCCAAAAGCAGCAGUGGCCCUCGAGUACCAGGUGGUCACCAUCUUACUUGUGCUCAUUAUCUGUGGACUGGGCAUUGUGGGCAACAUCAUGGUAGUCCUGGUGGUCAUGCGAACCAAGCACAUGAGAACCCCUACAAACUGCUACCUGGUGAGUUUGGCUGUGGCAGAUCUCAUGGUCCUGGUAGCUGCCGGCCUCCCCAACAUAACGGACAGCAUCUACGGUUCCUGGGUCUAUGGCUAUGCAGGGUGCCUCUGCAUUACUUAUCUGCAGUACUUGGGAAUUAAUGCAUCCUCGUGUUCAAUAACAGCCUUCACCAUUGAGAGGUACAUAGCAAUCUGUCACCCCAUCAAAGCCCAGUUUCUCUGCACAUUUUCAAGAGCCAAAAAAAUCAUUAUCUUUGUCUGGACCUUCACAUCCAUUUACUGUAUGCUCUGGUUUUUCCUUCUGGAUCUCAAUAUUAGCACCUACAAAGAUGCUAUUGUGGUAUCCUGUGGCUACAAGAUCUCCAGGAAUUACUACUCACCCAUUUACCUAAUGGACUUUGGUGUCUUUUAUGUUGUGCCAAUGAUCCUGGCCACUGUGCUUUAUGGAUUUAUAGCCAGAAUCCUCUUCUUAAACCCCAUUCCCUCAGACCCCAAAGAAAACUCUAAAAUGUGGAAAAGUGACUCGACCCAACAGAACAAGAAUUUGAAUUUAAAUGCCGCUAACAGAUGUUUCAACAGCACUGUAUCUUCUAGGAAGCAGGUCACCAAGAUGCUGGCAGUGGUUGUAAUUCUGUUUGCUCUUUUAUGGAUGCCCUACAGGACUCUUGUGGUUGUGAACUCAUUUCUCUCCAGCCCUUUCCAGGAAAAUUGGUUCUUGCUCUUUUGCAGAAUUUGCAUUUAUCUCAACAGUGCCAUCAAUCCAGUGAUUUACAACCUUAUGUCUCAGAAAUUCCGUGCAGCCUUCAGAAAACUCUGCAAUUGCAAGCAAAAGCCCACAGAGAAACCUGCUAACUACAGUGUGGCCCUAAAUUACAGCGUCAUCAAGGAGUCAGAUCGGUUCAGCACAGAGCUGGAUGACAUCACUGUCACAGACACUUAUGUGUCAACCACGAAAGUGUCAUUUGAUGACACCUGCUUGGCUUCUGAGAAAUAACGAAGGUCAUCAGACCCUGCAAUGCUUUCCUUGUAUGUUUAUUUCAUAACUAUGAUCUCAAGUCAUUCAGCAGCUGAUGUCACCCAAGAAAGUUGCACAUUGGGAAACAGUUCACUAUUAAGAUUUUCAGCAACAAAUGGACUACACGACUGACAAGUUUAUCUAUAUCAUUCUUAAUUCAAUACCCAAAUAAUCCUCUUUGACAAGAGUGAUCAUGGAUGUAUUCAAUGCUGUCAGAUUAAACAAGAUGUAAAUAGCGUUCUUUUAUACCAAGCAAAUUCAUGCUAACCAGGUAGAAUGUGAUUAAGUGAUAUUUUAAGAAUUAUAUCUAGAAAAGUGGAAAAGGCUGGAAUAGGUAAUACCAGUUAAGACAGUACAUUGUCCAAAACUAUCAAAUCUGGAUGUGGUCAAGAAAAGAAUUUAGUGGCGAAUAAAAUAUAUUAGUCACAUCAUGACUGUAAGCCAUAGGCUUUCAGCUGGAAUGAUGGAAAUGUGAAGGAUAGUGAAAUUGAUGCUAAGUUAUGCUAAUGGGAUAACCAGUAGUGUUAGCAAGCAUUCCUGAAAGCCUAUAAGUGACUCUUUCCUUCCUUACAGAAGAAUAGACCCAGUUCUUGUGCAUGUAUGGUCAUGACAAACAGGAGCACAUAUGAACUUCCUCAAUAACAUCUUGGACUGGCUUUAAAAAAAGGUGAAACCUUUCCAGAAAAAAAAAAAAAAAGAAUACAGUAUAACUCAGAAUAAGAUGGUACCAACUGACCAAAAGUCUUCAUUCAGAAGUCAGUAAUAACAUCCUGAUACCGAAACAGUACAAUAAGGAAUCAAACACUAAAUUCCUAGCCAUAAGUAUUACCACUCCUGUUUUGGUAUACAUAAAAAUUACUGAAGAGUUUAUCCUAAUAUGUGCUUUGUUUGUCUCUGUCUUAAGAAAUUGUCAUUUGUUGUAUUUCUCUGAACACACUCUGAAAACCACUUUAUUCUGAGCUUCUACAUAUAUCCUUCAAAUGAUGCCUGAUUUUCUCAUAGAUUUAUCUUUACAAUUACAUAGCUUGUUUGUAGUUUGUUUUUAUUGACUUAAACCAUUCUCUUGGCUCAUUAGGGUAUACUAUUUUGUGUCAUAUGACUCUCACAACUGUCCCUUGUGUAUAUAUUGGGAGUGCAAACUUCAACAGCACUCACAUCUCUCACUUAAUUUUAUCAUGAUCAAGAUUAUUAUACUGUAUGUAUGUUCAGAGAAUGACAACAUAUUAUCACUGAAAUGUGAAGAAAGUGUGCAGAGUGCAUGGUAGAAAGACAAUUUACAUUAUUUCGGACUACAAACAUUAGAAUUCCCCAUGGGAAAAGAAUCAGGAAGUCCUAGAGUCAUUGGAACAACUUGGUAGAGAAGCUUGGGUUUUUGUUAAGAGUAGACUUUGUUUAGAUAGUUAAGAAAAGACAAUCGAUAUGAGCGAAGUAAUGAGUAAGUGUGGGAUAAAAAGAAACAGCUCUAGCUGUUAAGAAUAUGUGUUCAGUGCAUUAUGAUUCAUCAGGGAUUAGUUAAGGCAGACAGCUGGUAGGAAGGAAAGGAAAGAAAGGUUAAAGUACUUCCCCAUGCUUAUAUUUGGUGAGAAAAUGUUCUCUCCAACACAGGAGGUAGAUAUGUAUAUAAGUAAGCUAUUGUAUAUUUUGUCAAUUAUUUAUUAUCUACAGAAAAGAUAGUAUACUAUUUGUCUCCUAAGUGUUAUAAUUCUGAAAGUAUUCUUAAAGUCAUAAUUUUCCAAGUAAAAAUUAUAUUGUAUACGUGAAUAUUUUUUCUAUAUUAUAUUGUCAUCAUAUGGAGAAAUAUUUAUGUAUGUAUAUAUGAUUCAGAGGUCCUCAAUAGGCAUGAAGUUAUCCAGUUAUGCUAAACAUGGAUCAAACUAGCUCAUAAGCCCUUCAUGAACUAAGCAUCCAUAUUAAAUGUGAAACUGAAAAGCAGCGAAUAGCUUCUAACUCGCUGGGCCCGCUGAUUUGCAUGUUGCUUACGUCACGCUGUCGAAUGUUUUGGUUUCUUAUAACAUGUCUCUAAAUGUUCUGGUUUCCUUUACCAGUUGUAGAGUACUGCAUGCUGACUUAUCUCAUCAACUGGAAAUUAACCAUUAUGUCCAUGUGGAAAAAAGAGUCUGCUUUAAGAAAGCACAGUAUUAUAUGUUCUUUCUAUAGUGAGAAACUGUUUCUGUAAGUGUAUAUAUGAGCAAUAAAGUAUCAAACUGAAAG